UACAGCUACUCGACCCUGAUCGCCAUGGCCAUCUCGUCGAGCCCCGACAAGCGCAUGACGUUGCGUGAGAUCUACACGUGGAUCAGCAGCACGUUCCCGCAGACGUACAGCAUGAGCCAGGCCGAUGGCAAGGGGUGGCAGAACACGGUACGGCACAACCUCAGCUUGAACAAGUACUUUAUCAAGGCGCCAAGGGAACAUUUGGAG